UUUAAAGUCCUCCACUUUCCUUUCUCCUACAGUACCAUCUUCAUCAUCUCCUUCUUUUUUUCUAUAUAAAUCUUGUAACUCCUAUCUGCAAUUUUUUCUUUUCAUCUUCUCCCCCCCCUCUCUCUCUCUGUAUAUAUCCAAAAUAUAUAGAGAGAGAAAACAAGAUUUUCAAAAAAAAAAAAAAAAAAAAAAAAAAGAAUUAAGCAUAUGAGCCAAUAUUGUUGAAAUACAUUAAUCAAUUACAUAUCCAAAAUGUUGCCAUUUGAAAGCAUUCAAGAAGCAGAAAUGUCUCUGGGGAGGAACUUGACAUUUGCAGAGACAUUGUGGUUCAAAUACACAGCUGAUAAAUCAGAUUUGUAUCUUUAUUGUCACAACACCAUUUUCUUGAUCAUUUUUUACACAUUGGUCCCUUUACCUAUGGUGAUUAUUGAGCUACUAAGGUCCAAGAAGUUGGAAAUUUACAAGAUUCAACCCAAGAUCAGAUUUUCUUUAUCUGAAAUGAUGGAAUGCUACAGAAAAGUCCUUACCACUUUUGUAUUUGCUGUCAGUCCACUACAGUUCUUCUCUUACCCUAUUAUUCAGUGGGUUGGAAUAAGGACAAGUUUGCCCCUGCCAUCUGCAUCAGAAGUGUUCUGGCAAUUACUGGUUUAUUUCUUAGUUGAAGACUAUGCAAACUAUUGGCUUCACAGAAUGCUCCAUCAUUAUAAAUGGGGUUAUGACAAAAUACACAGAAUACAUCAUGAAUAUGUGGCCCCAAUUGGUUUUGCAGCACCUUAUGCUCAUUGGGCUGAGAUUAUUAUCUUGGGCUUGGCUUCUUUUCUUGGCCCACUUAUGGUCCCUUGUCACAUGUUUACCUUUUGGCUUUGGUUCGUCUUGAGGCAAAUUGAAGCCAUUGAAACUCAUAGCGGCUAUGAAUUUCCAUGGAGUCCUUCAAAAUAUAUACCAUUUUAUGGGGGAGCAAUAUAUCAUGACUAUCACCACUUUGUUGGGGAAAGUUGUCACAGCAACUUUGCUUCAGUCUUCACUUACUGUGAUUACAUCUAUGGAACCGACAAGGGGUACCGCUACCAGAAGGAAGUCUUCGAAAAGAGAAGAGAGAAGUUGAGAAGCAUGGAAGACAAUGUUAAUGGAUCUACAACUCCCUUCAAAUCUGAAUAAAUAAUGAAAUAACUUUUUGAACCUCUGCUUUUUUCAUGUGUAAUCUAUUUCUCUUUCUCUUUUGAGGACAAGUUUGUUUUAGUAAUAUGUUGGAUUAAGUGUGAAUGUGCUCCUCUAUCAGGCACUGCUGAGUGCUUGCAUAGUCUGUGUUUUUCAUGUUAGCUUAAUUAAGUAACAGUUGUAGUUCUAUGGCUAGUUUUAUAUGAGUAUAUGACUAUCUUUUGCAACGA